CGGCACCGGAAGUGGACGCGCACGUGCGUGCCAUGUGGGAGCCGUGUUCGCGUGAGUGCCGCUGCUGCUUGUGGAUUUCUCGGUGUCUGACGCGCGCGUGAAACCGCCACGAGGUUGUUCCGCACCCCUUGACCAGACGCUAUGGACUCGUACGGGAUGAUGUUUCGCCCGCCGAACGCCUCCACGGUCUGGCGCGGUCCGCCGCCGCCUCCGCCGCCUCCUCAUUUCAGCGGGCUGCCCUGGUCAGGGCCUUGGCCUGCGUGGAGACCGCACUUUCCUAGCGGACCCCCCUGGAUCAGUGGUGCCCAACCCGGGCCUCACAGCGGCCUCCCAUCGGGACCUCCACCUGGACCUCCACCUGGACCUCCACCCGGACAUCCACCCGGACCUCCACCCGGAUUUGGUUGGGGGAACCAGUGGGGAUCUCCCCCUGCCAGACACGGGGGACCGGCAAGAGGCGGCGGCGGUCAUGGGGGUCAUGGGGGUCGUGGAGGUCGUAGGGGUCGUGGUGGCAACCACCCAAAGCGUUUCGCGUCCCCACAUGGCCAGCCGCAACCUCCUGCGCCACAGCGAGAUGACGACAACCACCAGGGCCCCCCUAAAAGCAAGAAAAAAAAGAAGGAGCCAGUGUACACUCACUUUUGCGACACCUGCGACCGUGGGUUCAAGAACAAGGAGAAGUUUGACGAGCACAUGUCGCAGCACACCAAGUGCAAGGUGGAAGGCUGUACCUUUGAAGCUCACGAGAAGCUGGUGCAGAUUCAUUGGAUGAAUAGGCACGCACCGGGUGCCAAAAAGUUCAAGCUGGAGACGGCGGAGGACAUUGCGAAGUGGAGAGCAGAGCGACGGAAGAAUUUCCCGACCACCGCGAAUGUGGCUCGCAAGAGAGUGCUGAACGAAGAGAGGGAGGCCAGAGGAGACGUUUUGACAACAGCGCAGUUUGGGAGGAUGCGCGGUCGCGGGCGGUGGCGAGGCCGCGCAUCGUGGAGGCACAGGGAACGCCCGGGUGGCCCGGGGGGCGACUGCGACCGCAACGGCGAGGAGCGACAGACAACCCCCACCCCGAGUCAAGAACGGUCCGGCCCGUCGGAGACGAGCCAAUCAGCAGCCGGCGACGAGGACCGUGUGGGGAAAGCCGCAAAGGCCUAUGGGAAAGAGGUUGACCCGCUGAGCAUUCUGGCAGACAGUGAUGGCAACUCGGACAGGGAGGAGAAGGCGGCGGCGGCGGCGACUGUCGGCGCCAGCGCCAGCGCCGUGAUUCCGUGCUGCGUGACGGCUGGGCUCGGCGCGCUCAUGGCAAACUACGGGAGCGACUCGGACAGCGCGAGCGACGACGAGCCACCCCAAGAGCUGUCGUCCAAGCGGCCCGAGGCUAAAGAACCGGAGCGACGCUUCCCGCCCAGCAAGGCCGCCGAGAAGUCGCUGAACGGCGUCGCAGAGCCGCCCGGAACCCAAGCGCAGGACAGCGGGCAUCUAGCAGCGGAGAAGCCAAGAGUUCCACAGUUGCAGGGCGGCGACGGGCGGGGCGGCGACGGGCGGGGCGGCGACGGGCAGGGUGGCGACGGGCGGGGCGGCGACGGGCAGGGUGGCGACGAGCGAGACGGCCAGGGACAGGGCGGCCGCUGGCAGGGUGGCCGCUGGCAGGGCGGCCGCUGGCAGGGCGGCCAUGGGCAGGGCGGCCGCUGGCAGGGCCGCUGGCGAACAGGCGACCGUGGGAAGGGUCGAGGGAGGGGCCGGGGCGGACACGGACAAAUGGCCAAGCCUCGGCCCACGCUGCUGGCAAUGCUGCUGGCACCAGACAUGAGGAAAGAGAGGAACGCCCUCCUGCAGUGCGUCCGCUACGUCGUCCAGAAAGGCUUCUUCGCGACGACCAGCGAGCGGAGGCCCAGCGCGGGAAGUCGCGCCGAUUCGGCCCCAUCGAACGACGCCGAACCGACGGGCGUGGCUGAGAGGUCGGAGGUGACAGGUCACCGCGACUCCGAGGAGGGUCCCGUUGAUGUUGCAACGAUCUCAAAAGAAACGGCGGUCGACCACGACGCCAGGGCCAGCGAGGAGAUCUGGGAAACUCCGCCCUUGGUGGAGGUGCCCACUUAGGAGGUUCCGCUUCCCGACGCACAAACUCGGCGAAAAUAGGGAGAGAGAAAAAAAACGCAUGGACAGGAGGAUUAGCCAAUGUUUUUUUUUUAUCUCUUAACAUUUUCGGAACCUCGUCAGUGCUGCGACGUGUCUUUGGCCGCGUGGCACCGCGAUCUUCGGCCUUUGCGGAGGCAAUGGCGGAGCCAGGAUUUUGAGGUCCGGGGAAGCAACCCCUCCAGCAAUGAGAAAUGAUAGGAGUUGUUAGUAAGUAAGGACUUGUCCCUUGCUUUUUUAUUCGACGCGUGUGCGGCGAUGACGCAGCCAUCGAUCGAGCGUCGAAUUCGAACCGCGUUGUGUGAUCGGCAUCGCGCUCGCUGAAGGUGAAUGCCUUCAGGGAAGUCGUGUUCUGUAUACGCAACUGCGCACAAUUCUGUGAGUCACUUAUAACUGCUUUGCCGUUACUUAUUGCCAAUGAUGGACUCAGACUAUUGUCCUAUCAUCUUAUAGAGUCCCUGGCACGUAAUAAUAUGCUACACAGUGGCAGUGGGAGUCGCAAAAUGCCGAUUUAUUACUAAUAAACCCCAAUGAUCCGAUCGAAAUUAGGGAUUUCGAUCGGAUCAUUGGGGGGGCACGUGCCACCCCACCCCCCCCCCCACUGGCUCUGCCAGUGUGCGGAGGAGCGUGAGCUGCAGUCAGCUGCUGGGGCAUCCGUCUUGCGGAACGCUCAUAAUUCUGUAAGCGCAGACAACUUGCGACGGUCACACGGAGUCCCCUGUGAACAACGGAGUCUUCCCGUUACUGCCGAGCGUAUUGGAAUAGAUCAAGUCGCGCGUGAUGUGCCAAACCUGAGACGACCGGUACAUCACGCCGCACUCAAGCGCACUCGCUUUUUACAUUUAGCAUGGAGGAAGGGGGGGGGGGGGGGCGAGGGGGGGAUUUUUAUUAAACUCUGUACAGAGCCCGGCGCAUCACCUUUUGAGAACGGUCCACAGGAGACAUCUCCGAACCGUAUCUGAGAUCCCCCUUCAAGUGGCGGAGGCCACUGCAACUUUCCGACGCACCCUGCUACUUAGGCGUGUGUGCGUUGCAUGGCAAUCUAACCGAAUAAAAUAUAUAUUGUCCAGAGCUGUUUUAUUUUUUUUACUUUUUGCCUAAUUAAAUGAAAAAAUGAAGUUGGAUGUGAUGGGAUUGUUGCAGUCAAUAACUAUCAGCUGAAACCAUCAAAUGUCGCCACACUUGAUGACACGGUUUCAUCACGGGCGGCUUAACGCCCGAGACCCCGAGCCCACCGGGCCACCUCCAUGUGUUUAUUAUUUUGUCGAUUUGAAAGGAGGGCCAUGGACAUUGAUUUGAGCUUAAAAUAUACUUUAUGAUGACACGCGAGACACAUUCCAGCCAAUUGCAAGCCGGCAGUAUCAUUCGCCUCGCUUCGCCCAUUUAUAUUGAAAUUGAGUUAUCGGCGUUGUGUCGUCAGACUUUCAAUUUUUCAACUCUGCAGGUAGUAGUGCAUCACACGCUGUCAAGAGAACUGCCCUGGGAAGAAGCCUUCACAGAACUACAUCUGGGGUAAACCAAAAUCGAAUCUCCUAUCCACACUUGGGGCCGAUGCUCUGUAAAGUGUUCGUCUUGUCCAUUCAGAUAAUAAAAAUAAUUGUAAGGGUUGCGAUGUGACGAAUUAAAGCACAGAAGCAAAGAUUUUUGGUUCGCUGGUGACUGGGGCUGCGACGAUCAACACGCUGCACCUGGGAAGCCACUUUAAUCGGAUUGAAAUGCAGGAUCCUAGCUCUGUGGUCUCCGGCGCUCCGUGAUCGCAAGAAGCAGCCUCGAGUCGUUUAACAAAGCAUUCGGUUUCGACGUCACGAAUAAAUGUCAAACAUGAGAAAUUCCCAAA